ACCCACGUUUGCAGCUGACUCUGCCACCCCUCCUACUGGGCACAAAUCACGUACUCACUUCCCAAAUGUCUCUGCGGCCAUGAGUCCGUUUGGGCCACUGCGAGUCAAGUCUUCCGUGUGACUAAUUGCUUCGCGCGUGCCACAGGGGAGUACACCGAAACGAGCUCCCCUCAGACGCCAGGUCACACAGGCAGACGUUUUCGUGUCCUUAACAGAGCUACUGCUUCCUUCCCUGCCGGUGUACCUCAGUCAUGACAUAGAAGUAGGGCGAAGCUGCAGUCGUAUAUAAAGAGGCCGAGCCGUUACCCGGUCCCUGGUCUGAUGCAGCGUAUGAGGUAGGCAGAAUAAGGAGAACAGCGCACAAGCAUGGGCUCCGCUAUCAUUCUAGACGACAUCAAACGCUUCGAGGUCACCGAAUUAUACACACAUCCCGAUGCCAAAGUCGAUAUAGUGUUUGUACAUGGUUUGAAUGGAGAUCCACGGCGGAGUUGGACAGCAAAGAAUGGCACCUUCUGGCCCACACAGCUGCUGCCGGCCUCAUUGAAGUCGUCGCAGGCAAGGAUCUUGACAUAUGGUUACAAUGCAGAUGUUUGGACGUUUGGCAGUAACAAGAGCCCAAGCUCGGACCAGAUCCACCAACACGCACAAACCCUCCUUACAUCCCUAGCUUUAGAACGAAAGAGCGAAGAGACCGUCGAAAAUCCCAUCUUAUGGGUGUGCCAUAGCUUAGGGGGCAUACUGGUCAAGCGGGCACUCGAGCUGUCCGCUGACCUGCAAAGCAAAAAUGCAGACGACUUACGUUCUAUUUUCGUCUCAACAUAUGGGAUCAUGUUUCUGGGCACACCUCACAUCGGUGCUGACCCCGCAAAAUGGGGCUUGGUGCUUCAAGGAAUGGUUAACGCGCUUGUUCCGAGGAAGUUUCUGGAUACACAAUCAGGACUGAUUCAAACAUUGCAAACGAAUAGCGAAACACUUCAGAAUAUCAACCUCAAAUUCUUGGAUAUAUAUCAACGCUUCAAGGUCUGCAUGGUUCAUGAAGCUGCCCCGACAGAUUUCAAGGGCUCGAAACUUUUCGUCGUGGACCAACAUUCAGCUGGUCCACUACUACCAGAUGUACAGUAUUUUGGUAUUGAGGCGACCCAUUCAUCAAUGUCCAAGUUCGAGAGCAAAAAUUCUCCUGGUUAUACUAAUGUAUCCGUCACGCUUAAAUCAUGGGUUCAAGAAGCUCCCCAACUUGUGGCGUCAAAUUGGGAGAUAGAAAAAGUGCAAAGAAGGCAGAAAAAGGAAGCUGAAGCAGCUCAUCUUUUGGGAUACUAUGCAUCCACACCACACCCAUCAACGAGUGCUGUAAAUACGCCCACCUUUCUCCUGAACCACGAUUCCACUCACCCGAGGUUGAGGAGGUUGAAGAAAUGGUUGGCCAUCACUGAGGCGGAUUGCAUUGAAGUUCUCUCUCCAUCAAGUUCUGUAAAUAAUCCAACACUUAUGAUCCAAUCCAAUGUCAGUAUCGAGCCAGACACGUCGACCGACGAACCAGAUACCGCAUAUUUCAUCAAACCUUCUGGCUUUCGUCCCAACUCUUUGUUUGUCGGUCGACAAGCGGAGCUUGCUGAAAUGCACAAGUUACUAUUCGAUAAGAAGCGACGAAAAGAAGGCACUUCCGCGGUGUUGAUCCAAAGUCUACCAGGAGGUGGCAAAACUCACCUAGCGAGACAGUAUCUAUACGAACACAAGGACGACUUUCCAGGCGGCAUCUUUUGGGUACGAGCGAAAAGUCUAACAGAACUGGCAGCUGGUUACUGGGAUAUUGCCCGAAAGGCAGCGCUAAAGCAUGUCGAGGGUGACGACGCAAAAUUGUUGAAAGAUCCUCACCAAUUCAUUAAAAUGGUCAAGAAGUGGCUCAAUCACCGGCACAACUGGCUACUUGUUCUGGAUGGUAUCCAUUUUGGCGAUACGGAGGCUUUGGAAAAAUUUAUUCCUGAUAGCCCUAACACCAGUCUCAUCUAUACCUCCACCGAACGGUCCGUCGCUGGGAACUAUCAUUUCAAGAAUCCACAGAUCAUCAGGUUGCCACUUUUGUCCGCUCGUGAGGCUCAAAGACUGCUUCUACUCGAGCUUGAUAAGAAGGAACCCUUUUCGAGGGAUGAUUUGAGGCAUUCGACAGAGCUUGUCCAGGCGAUGGGAUUCUUGCCAGUGGUCAUUCAUGCAGUUUCUCAACGGCUCAAGACCACUGAUGAACCGCUCUCAAAAUUCGCACGAUCAUACGUUUCCGAGCCAAGAUUGCGAGGUCUAGGUACCUACAUGGCUGUUGUCGAUCAAUUGAAAGCCCUCGGAGCCCACGAAGCUUUGAAUUUGAUCUACCUCCUUUGUUUCUUCAGCCAGCACGUUCCUGUGGAAAUGAUCUCCUUAGGUCUCAAGGCGCUCGAUGUACCCGUCAAGACCGCAGAGCCGAUCAUUGGGCGCUCGCUGAAUAACACGUUCAAAAUUCUCAUCAUGUUCGCGCUCAUUGACAGGAAUCAUCACGAUGUCUCGAUUCAUUCUUCUCAAAGCUCUAAGAGCAGUCGAGAUAUGCUUGCAGACACCGUCGAUGUUAUUAGACUUCACAGUGUGGUACAAGGUUUCUUCUUCGAUACUCUGUCCGGUGCUGGUACUCUUCCAAUGUGGCUUGAUCGUGCCAUCAGAGUAUUUUGCUGCUCAUACGAUAUGGCAAACGACAGAAUUGCACGGAAAGCAAAUGCCGGACUCGUUGAGGAUUAUCGUCUGUAUGAGAUUCAUGGGAAUAAACUGAAAGAGCAUCUCGUCAAGAAUCUAUCCAAGCAUCUCUCUCGUGAUCAAAGAGAAAUUCUUGAAUAUGCACAACAGAUGCUAGAACCGCGACUGGUGGCCAUCAAAUCGGAGAUUGAUCAACGCACACCCGAGUCCUCGCAUGUUAUUGCUGGAGGAAGACCAGAAGCAUUCCAAACCUCGAUCUUUGAUCGUACGAGUAGCUCAUCCGACACAGGCCCAGAAACUCCCGGAGAUCACAAUCGUUCCCGUAUCUCGACGUGGGGAUUUGAACCUGAUAAAGACCAACACGAAUCGCCAUCUAGCUUGACACAUGACACGGACUAUAUUCAACGCAUGGAUGCUAUGUACAGGAAUAUGUUUCCGCUUCCGCAACAGGAAGACCCAGGAUAUGAAAGCGAUAGGGAGGGCUCAACCGCGAUGACAGUCCAGGCAUCUCAGCGGACUCUCCAUCGAGAUUCUUCCAUGAGUCCAGGUGGUCAAUGGGAAGAAGUUAGAUCCCGGAAACCAAGACAGAGACCCGAUCCUCUGAUACUUCACCGAACUGUUAGGAACAUGGAGAAAUCGCGGUACCGAGAUAAUGCGGGCGCGUAUCGAGCAAUGGCUGCCAUCGACCCCAGAGUCAGUGUCAGUCACGAGACAGCACAAGGCUUUAUGCACAGAAGCUCUUCGACUCGUGCUCAAUCACGAGGCCGAAUGUCGGGUCAAUCUGUUGCGGAAGUCGCCUUGACGCAUAUCAACCAGAGCAGUCCACCGCCAGCAAGAGGGGGAGGAAUGCUUCAAGAUCGAAGGUCAUCUUCGCGACGGGGAAGUGAGAGAAGUCGGUUGAGGACUGGGACUGCCUCUUAUGCCUCUGCGGUACUGGGGUCAACUCGUGAUACCAUUGCUGGACUGAAGGAACUUGUUCGACCUUCGACAGAGCCUCCCCCUUCCAGCGAAAGUGCGUCGAGUCUACAACGACCUUCAAGCUCAGCAAUGGCAUCGCUACAACGAUUCCCGAUUGAGGUGAUUCAGCCCUCUCCAUCACCACAUCCGCCAAAUACUCCCAGGGUACCUUAUCCGACCUCGCCAUAUCUUCGUCCAUCUUCGGACACGGAAUUCUACCAAAUUCCAGGUCGAUACAGCCAGGAUAAUCCGUACCUUGGGCCAGAACCUUACCCAUCUAACACGUAUCCCCGGAUGGAAGGUAUGCCGCCAUUCGAGCCAACCGGAACUGCUUCUUCGUCACCUCUAGCAUCAGAGUAUCCGACAUACCAAAAAUACAACGCCUCUGAAUCCCUCCCCGCUUCUAUGCUUCUCUCCCAUUCAACCAUGACCGAGGUCACCAACCCGCCCUUCCUCUCCCUCUCUUCCCCGAAUAUCCAAGUCAACAGUCAAAACCCAAACUCCAACCCCUACUACCCAGGCCGUCCAGAGCUCUCAAACCAAGAAGGCGGCUACACCUCGCAACCAAUGUCCCGCGAUCCCUCCGGGCAGUCAACACACUCGGACCACUCAGCCCGCUCCACAGGCCAAGUAGAAAGAAGACGCCGGCCAAGCUUUGCAGAAACCGAGCCCCCUCCGCAGCUUCCCGUCUUCAGUCCCAGGAUACCACCAACAAGCUAUCAAGUCUACGAGCGGAUGAAAGAGAAGGAGCGCGGUGACCGAGAACGCGAUGCGCAGAAGAAAAUCAGUCCUCGACUAGGCUACGCCCGCGCAGCACUCGUCGAGAAGCUCGAAGACUGGGGAGGCAACGCACCUUCAAUCCCUCCUACCCUGUCUUCCCCUCCACCUCCGUCCCAAUCACAAAAAGAAAGGAAAUUCAACCCCACUGCCCCAUCGUUCUCCCCUUCACCCUCGAGCUUCACGCUCUCUCCACAACCGCCACCUGCGCCUGCGAACUCAAUGCUGAGCUCAACUUCCACGUCCGCGUAUCCGAGUCAAUACCCGAGUCCACAGCCACAAUGGGGGGUGCAGUCAGCAAAGCAGCCGCAGCAGCCGAGGAAUAGCCCUGCUUCUUUCUUAUCUCAAUCAUCUCAGCCAUAUUCUUCCCCUCGAUCCUUUAACUCUGGCAUUGGCACGGGAGGGUCGUAUCCGAGUCCGCAACCGCCGUCCAACACACCGGCUUCGUAUGACACUGCAGCUGAAUACGAUAGAGGCAGACCCGUCUUCCGCAGUGAAAUCGUUGGGGAGGCAGGGGAUGCAGAGAGGAUGGAACGAAGCGGAAGUGGCAGUGGUGGGAUGAGAGUUAACGGCGGGAGGAUCAUUGAGUUUGGCGAUUUUCCUGAGGGGGUCAGGGUUGACGAGGCGAGGGAGCGGGCGCUGCUGUUGAGGAGUUGGGGCGAGAGGGAACGGGAGGUGGAGGCGAGGAGGAGGUUGAGUAGUCGGAGAAAGGGGAAAAAGCCGGCCGGGGAAGAUGAGGCUGUUGGGUUGGGGAUUGGAGGGUUUGGCCGUUAAUGGAAGGAGAUUAAGGAGUGUAGGAUUAGAACGGACUUCUGGGAUUUAUUUUUGGGACGGGGGUUUAUGGAGAUUUGGUGUUGGAUAUCUUGGUUUGGGGUUGAGUGUAUGUAGGAAUAAUAUUUGUAUUUUGGCGUUAUUGUGAGGGAUAUAGGAGGGUACUUAGGAUAAAAGGUUGGGGUGCAUGGAUACAGGAUGUAUAUGGAGCGAGCAUUGCUGGUAGCAUAGUAGCGUUGAAUCCAAACUGUUUCUGCCCUCGAUUCCUAUCAG